CCAAUCACUGAGCAGCCUUUCAUUCCAUAAUUUUGGCGGCGGGCAGACGAUGGCGGAAAAUUUGAAAGCUCAAGUUUGCAGGGUAGCAUGCAUUGCUACGACAGAGCAGCUGGAGGUAGUCUGUCGAGAUGAGAGAGUGGUGUGCGAAGAGCUCGGCAUCAGCAGGAACAACCUGUGUGAUUAUGAAGUGGAAUAUUUGUGUGACUACAAAAGAAAAGUUAUCACAGAUGGGAAGACGCAAACAGUACAGGAGUUAUACCUGGUGAAAUGGAAAGGCUACCCUGAAUCCAGAAACACAUGGGAACCACGGAGGAACCUGAGGUGCGUCAACCUGCUCUCGCAGUUCUGGGAGGAUCUAAAUGCAGAGAUGCGAAGACAGAAUAAACGUUCCGCCCCUCGACGUCUAGACCCCGCCACUGUAACACACCUCACUCAGCGGGCAAAACUCCGGCAGACCCUCAAACAGUGGGAGACUCACCUCAACAGCCUGGGCACCCAUAAGGGCUACAUCUCUGUUCGCAACCUGGUGGAUCUGGAGGGUCCACCCAAGAGCUUCACCUACAUUAAUGACUAUAAAGUUGGAGAUGGGAUCCUGCUGAAUGAAGUGUCCGUGGGCUGUGAGUGCACAGACUGUUUGGCCAGCCCUGUGGAGGGUUGCUGUGCCGGAGCGUCCCAACAUAAGUUUGCAUACAAUGAGUUAGGUCAGGUGCGCAUUCGACCCGGGUUGCCCAUUUAUGAAUGCAACAAGAGAUGCCGCUGUGGGCCCGAGUGUUCCAACAGAGUGGUGCAGAGGGGCAUCCAGUAUUCCCUCUGCAUUUUCAGGACAGACAAUGGCAGGGGAUGGGGGGUGCGGACCAUGGAGCGUAUACGCAAGAACACUUUCGUCAUGGAGUAUGUUGGCGAGAUCAUCACAACAGAAGAAGCAGAACGCAGAGGUCAUGUAUACGAUAAAGAGGGCGCCACUUACCUGUUUGACCUGGAUUAUGUGGACGAUGAGUAUACCGUAGAUGCUGCUCAUUAUGGAAACAUUUCCCACUUCGUCAACCACAGCUGUGACCCCAACCUCCAGGUGUAUAAUGUGUUUAUUGAUAACCUGGAUGAGCGGCUGCCGCGGAUCGCGUUCUUCGCCACGCGUGGAAUAAAGGCUGGAGAGGAGCUCACCUUUGACUACAACAUGAAGAUUGAUCCAGUAGAUGCCGAGAGCACAAAGAUGGAUACUAAUUUCGGUGUGAUGGGACUCCCAGGCUCCCCUAAGAAGCGCAUGCGUGUGGAGUGCAAAUGUGGGGUGGCGACUUGUCGAAAGUACCUGUUUUAGAGCAAGUGCAUGCUAAAGAGAGACUGAUGGAAGAUCAUGUUCAAUUUGAUUGUGCUGAAAGCAUCUGCAGUUUCCAAAUUUAGAAUUUUAAGUAAAUAUUUAAGUUUUUUUAUUCAAGAAUAACCUCAACUUUUACCACAAAAAUGGUUUCAUCUAUGUUUAAGAAAAGGAUCAAAUGUGGCAUUAAUUUCACUUUAGACAUUUAAAAAAAGAUGUUAGUGAAGGUUUAAAAAAAAAAAAAGCAAUUUUUAUAAAAUCAUAUCAGCUUAAAAUUCUUACAGAAAAGCUUUUUAAUAUGCUUUAUUUGCUCAAAUGGGAUGGAUUGUUUUUACUUUUGUUUGUAAUUUUUUAGUAAAUAUUUUAGACCAGUGUAACAUUUGUAAAAUCUACAAUCUCCUUGAUUUUUCACUUUCCACCAGGGGGCAAAAUAUAACUAUUAAUGCACAGAAAGGGAUGUUUGUUAGACUGAAGAGGGUGGACCAACACCGGCUGCCUCUUACACAUGAUAAAUGUUCUCAUUAUGUGUACAAAGUCUAACAAAUUACAAAAUGUAUUCAUACUAUCAAACCCAUAUUUUAGAGUCUGUCUUUGAGAACUGGACUGGAUGCAUAAAUGAGUUCAAGUGCUUAAGUUUAAUUAUCGUUUUACAGAUCUGGUUAGUAUCCAGGGGCUGCAUUUCCCAAAAGCACAUUGAUCCUAUUGUUGGCAUUGACCAAUAAAACCUCACAUGUUUAUGUUGCUUUUGGGAAACUGUUCAGAACUAGACCGUGAAGCUGGAGUGUGUUUUGUUGAUUCCUUUGAAAUUGUAUAUCAAUUCUGCAAGCUCACAUACUCAGAAACAUUUUAAAAGUCACACAAUAAUAAAACUGCCAUCCUCAAAAUCUGUUCAAAAUAUCUCAAAAUAUGUAUAUAUUGUAGGACUACAAUUUGUUUUUUUUAUCGGCUUUGUAUUAAAAAAAAAAUCAAGUUGUUUUGUCAGAGCUCACGUUUAUACUUGCACAAAAUUUGGAUCAUUUUGCACCAUGUUGAUAAUGACAGCAUAGGUUGUACACUUAGCAAAUAAACGAAUCCGCUUUUAUCAA